GGGAAUCAACAAUGUUAAAAUCUAACAUGACGGGGUAACUCAACGUUGUCGAUAAAUACGAAACGGAGGAACUCACUAAACUUAACAAACAGUUGAAUCCUUAUCCCAUUCACUGAGUCUCAACACCGAGUCAUCAUCACUCAUGGCUAUCGAGGCUUGGUUUAUGGAUGAAAGCAAAGAAGACCAAAGGCUUCCUCAUCGACGCAACCCCAACGAACCUGUUUCGUUGGAGCACUUGGCAGAGCUGGGAGUGUUGUAUUGGCAUUUGAACCCCAAGGAUUACGAGAACGAUGAAGAGUUGAAGAAGAUUAGAGAAGCCAGAGGUUAUAAUUACAUGGAUUUGCUUGAUUUAUGCCCUGAGAAAGUUGACAACUAUGAGGAGAAACUGAGGAACUUUUACACCGAGCACAUCCAUGCUGACGAAGAGAUACGCUACUGCCUGGAAGGCAGCGGGUAUUUUGAUGUUAGGGACAAGGAUGACCGAUGGAUUCGGAUUUGGAUCAAAGGAGGAGAUCUUAUUAUAUUGCCUGCUGGAAUCUACCAUCGGUUCACUCUCGACACCAGCAACUAUGUCAAGUUGAUGAGGUUGUUUUUGGGAGAACCGGUUUGGACAGCGUAUAAUCGGCCCCAGGAGGAUCACCCUGCAAGGAAAGAGUACAUUAAAAGCUUGACUGAGAAAGUUGGGGUGCCAUUAGCUGCUCAUUAGAGCUAUUUGUUACAUGAAGUUCCCCUCUAUAUAUAUGCGUGCAUGUAUGUAUGUACAUGUAUUAGUUUCAUAAGUUUCUCAAAGGCUGAACUUGAUAAAACAUUAUGCAUCUGUAUAUCAAAACAUUGAAUUGCAUCUAUUAAUAUAUAAAUAUCAUGUUAUUUAGGAUGAA